UUGGCAAACUGAAAUGUUCAACCAAACCAAACCAAACCCAUAUUAUUUUUCGUGUCCAAGAUCUCAACCCUAACUCGCAAGCACAAUUUGAUCAACCCGAACACAUCCCGUUUAAACCAUUUUUUACUUUAUCAUUUAGACCCGACCCGAAGUACGGCUUGAUUUGAUUUCCAACCAAAAUGGAUACUCAGAGGGACAGAAACUAAGAACCGACUGUAGAACAAGUAGAGGAAAGCUCUGCAAAUUUUCAGGGGUGAGUCGGUUAUGGCUGUCUCCUUUGAUUUGCAGACAUUCAUUCUGCGUGCUCGGGUGUUGAAGCUGUAUAGACAAGCUAUAAGAGUUGCUAAAAGAGCACCUGCACACAGUAAAGGUGAACUGAUGCAAACAAUCAGACAAGAGAUGGAGAAAAACAGGGAUUGCAAUGACAAACAGAAGAUUCGUUACUUAAUUAGCGAGGGAAUAGAGAGACUGAAGGGUUUAGGUGAGAUGCUUGAUAUGCAAGGCCGUUGAACACGAGUUUUACUUGAGAAAUUAGCGAGUCCGAAUUGUGGAUCAAGCGGUAUAGAUGAACAGAAGGGUUUUUCUAUUAGAAACAGGCGCGUUGAAUCGAGUAAACUUGACAUUCACUAAAUAAACGUUUGAUGACUUUGAAUCAUAACACUGCUAAAUACAAAAGGAGAUUGGUCAGAAGUAUUUGUAAUGUUUUGGAUUGUAUCCGAGUGAUACCAAUUUAUCGAACAUUUUCGAAGUGAGUCCGUGAGCAAAUCAGUUUGAAGAUUGUUGUUUGUCAAA